GAUAAUUUUAUUGGUUGCUAGGACUGACACGGAGUACAUUUUUUGUAUUAGAUACAUAUUGGCAUUCUCUACCGAUGCAAUAAAUGGGACACUUUAUGAAUCUUUAUGUGUACAAUACACAGUGUGGAAUACACUGUAUAUGUUAUCUUUUGUAGCUUGUAACGGGAGUAUGGGAAGGAGGCUACAACUUCUUCUGUCAAGACACUCGAAGUGGAGGGGAAGCAGACAUGAAGAUAGUCCGAGUCCUGUGGUGGUACUACUUCUCCAAACUCAUUGAAUUUAUGGAUACUUUUUUCUUUAUCCUCCGCAAAAAUAACCACCAAAUUACCGUCCUGCAUGUUUACCAUCACGCCUCUAUGCUUAACAUUUGGUGGUUUGUCAUGAACUGGGUACCUUGCGGACACUCUUACUUUUGGUGCUACGCUCAACAGCUUUAUUCAUGUUCUCAUGUAUUCCUACUAUGGACUGUCCGCUAUUCCAGCCAUGCGCCCAUAUCUGUGGUGGAAGAGGUACAUCACUCAGUGCCAGUUGACUCAAUUUGUCCUGACAAUGACCCAGACCAGCUGUGCGAUGAUUUGGCGCUGUGCUUUCCCAAUGGGUUGGCUGUAUUUCCAGAACUGCUACAUGAUCUCUCUGAUCAUCCUCUUCACCAAUUUCUACAUUAAGACUUACAGCAAGAAAGCUUCUUCUAGGAGGAAAGAUUACCAGAACGGCUCGGUGAGUGCAGUAAACGGUCACACAAAUGGCUUUUCAUCGCUGGAGGACAAUGUCAAGCAGCGUAAACAAAGAAGGGAUUGA